AUGGCCCCCAGCCCGUGGGUUGCAUUGGACGCUGCAGACGAUGCGCUGACGUCCCGAGUUGCUCUGGAGGCGUGCCAAGCAAGGCUCGCAUCGGAAUGGCGCCCACCCGGCCGCUGUACUUACUCCCCUCUGCAUCUCACUCCUCCAUCAAUCACCGGAGCCAUGCGGAUCAUAUCUGACACUAAGCCAGAGGACGCGAAGCCUCUGUCUCAGCCGCUGGGCGGCAAGCCCAACAAUAUGCGGGAGAUGAUUCGGGCUCAUGUGACGUUGUGGCAGCAUGCCUCAAAAGCAGCCAAAAAGCAGUCAAAAGCAAGGUCAAAACGAAGACGGGAACAACAUGCUAUUUUCAAACUCAACAUGGAAUAA